UCAAUCGCAGUAGUUACAAGUUGUUACAAGUGUCAGACUCGCAAUUGAAAUUCGAGUGUCGUUCAGGAAAGACAUGGAGAUGAUCUUAAGAUGUUCGAGCAUGAUCUUGAAUAAGUUUAAGCUCUGUUGACUGUUACUGAUUGAUAAGAGAGUGAUCGUUAUCAAGAUUAAAAGACCGGAACUUAACGCCGAAAUUGCUCGUGACAGUAACGUUAAGCGAUGUUAACGAUAUUUCACUUCAUCACAGUUGUCGACAGUGAACCGCUCGAUCCUCGAAUUAGGAUUAAAUUAUCGUAAAAUACGAGAAUAGACUUUAAUUUAGACCAACGAUGGAUGCUCGAGGCAUUGUUCGUAGAAGUUGUUUGUGAACAGCUAAUAAUCCCUGAUAAUCAGUGUAAUGAUCGUCAAAGUGCUGAAUGAUUUAUUUUGGAUGCCGAAAUUUCUCAUCAACAAGAUCCUGAUUUAUUGACACAGGCGAGAGGAAAGUAAAAAUGACGGAGAGCUUGAUAAAUGAAUGGUUGGCAGACUGCGCGGAUGUCUCACUUUCGGAGCUCCACACUUUCGCUACCACUUUAUUGCAAGACAACGAGAUUGUCAGAGCGCUUUAUGUGCUCUUGGAAGAACGUAGUAAAUAUAGCCAGGUACUGGUGGAUACCGUAUGCGAUCAGUUAUACAAUUUUUACCGUUCUCGGGAAACGGAAUUGCAGAGGUUUACCUUGCAGUUUUUGCCAACAUUAGUAUACAUUUAUUUAAAUUCUGCAGCUCACGGUGAUAUUAAGAACUGUCGAUCUGUAGAAACAUUGUUGAUUGGAUUGUACAAUCUCGAAAUAGUGGAUAAAUCUGGACAGCAGAAAGCAAUUUCUUUUAGAUUACCAUCACUUGCGAUGCUUUCCAUAUUUCACGAGCCUGCAAGUUUAGCACCUGCCUCUUUAACGGAGAAUGCGGUACGCAGAUUCGAGGAAUGUAAUACAAAAUUAGUUAGUUGGGGGCCGCUACAGCAAGUAGAAACACUGAAUGCCCAGAACAGAUUGAAAGUUAUGACCGCUCUUCUCUUUAUCUACAAUCAACAGCUUGGUUACAUAAGUAAAUUCGCUUUGGAACAAUUAUGCAAAGUUGCUACCAAGCUUGUUACUCAAGGAUUUAUGAAACCUGGACAUCAUCAACGAUCUUCAUACGGAAGCGAGUCUAGUUUUGUCCCGAGGCUUUUACCUCGUAUACCCGUGUCCAGUCAAUUUCUCCUUGAAUUCUUGCAUGCUGUAUAUUUUGCUAUGUAUAACGAUUGCUGGUAUUUAGGAAACCAAGCAGUGGAAGAUGUUCAUAAUCGAGCAUGUUACGAAGCAUACCCAGAUGUUAUGCUAGUCACAAACGCUAUACGCAAUUCUGCCAGUUCUGGGCCAUCAGGUCACCUCAGUAGCGAUGGACCAAUUGGCAUUAGCGUCGCGUUAUCACCAAGUGCAACGGCGACGGUAUCUAAAUCGAUGAUCACGAAUGCCUCCUUCCGAACUAAAAAAUUACCAGAUGACAUACCGAUUCAAGUAGUAAAGGAAGAUUCUGGAGGAGAAGGUAAGAGCAAUCUUGUAUCGAUCACAGAAGAAGACGCCGGCGAGCAAAACAGAGUUGGUUCAAUGAGACAAUCGAAGGAUCAAAAGACUGCUUCAAAGAUAACGAAUUUCCCGGUACUUGGGAAGAAGCCACGGGAAAAGGAUGGCAAAGUAACCAAGGCUCCUCAUGUCGGUGCGUCAGAAAAAGAGAAAAAACUUGGAUCUCAGGCAACUUCGAAGGAGAGUAUCAAAGGUAGUUCCUCAAUGUUAAAUAGUGAAUCAACGGAGAUCGAUGGAAAUCGAGACUCUAAUGUUUCUUUGAUCGAGGGGGAACGUCUUGCAUUAAGCAGCGAUAUAGAUAAUACUAAUAUGGAAACUCCUAUUAAUCUAAGAACACAUAAUGAAACAGAACCAUUGACUUCGUCUAUUCAGGUUAGCUCUGUUUAAAUUAUCCGAGAUAAAUCAAGAAAAAUAGUAGUAGUGGGCUAUACUGAACAACUACAUUCUUCUGUUAAAUCGGUUGUGUAUAAUUUAUGCUUUUCUAUUGUUACAAACUUACACAACAUAUUUUAUACAUGUUUUCGUUGGAUCACAAGGGUUUCUAAGAAAUAUUAAUGCAGCAUUUGAAGAAAGUAUAUUGUGAUUAGAAACAGAGGAUUCAUCGUAUUCAGAGUUGUUUUAGAAAUGGCUCAUUACUAUACCGAUCUCUGUAAUUAGUUUAGAAAAUUGAAAACAAAUAACGAGGAAGGGAACAAUAACUAACAAUGUACGUUUUCCUUUGAUGGAUGUAUAUAAAUGUAUAUUAAAGGGUUCUGUUAAUUGUCUUUACGACACGUCUUUUAAUGUAUUAAAUAGAUUUAUGCUUUUCGCAAACCUUUUUACUUAUAAUUUUUCUAUGAUUUUAACAAUUAGGAAGUAUGACCAGACUUCUGUUACAAAAAAAGGAAAAAUGUUAUAAUUUUAAUCGUUACCGAUCUAAUAUUUAAAUAAUUUAAUACAUAAAUACUUUUAAAUCAAAGAAAAUGUACUUAUUUAUAUUUUCCUUUAAAUUAUAUUCAUUAUCAAAUUUAAUGGUAUUAUACUUGUGUCAACAUUUUUCUGCAAAAUGUAAAGCACAACAAAUAAGUAAGAACGAUUACAGAUUAUACAAAAGUCAUCGGAAGUAUUUCGUAUUUUCAUGGAAAAUAUUAUUUAUUAUAUCUUUAAAUUUUGGAUACUCUGUGAACAGAAUAUAACACGACUGACUUGUCUUUUCAGACAGUAUAAAAAAUAUACUUAGAAAAAUCGGAUAAUUUUCCUAACAAUCAUAUUUUCUAUAAUAUACCUCUUUAUGCCUGCCUAUAUGCAUAGAGUUGUCUGUAAGUUAUGUUUAGAUAAAAAUGUGUUUUUGUAUGAAUUUCUACGUGAAGAAAUGUUUUAGCUAACAUCAUGUUUAUCUUGUAACAAAUUCGAAAUAAUUUGUACCAAUGUUUUUCCAUAAUCGUAAGAUUAAUAGAUCUAAGGUCUUUCGAUUCGUAGAUUGUUUAUUUUAUGCAUGAUUGUAAUUGACAUUUAUUUAAAAUAAUUAUACGAAUAUCGUUGAAUUACAUACAAGGUUAUACUUACGAUCAAAGUUUCUCAUUUAGUAUAACAUCACUCUUAAUCAAAAAUAUGUGGAGCAAAAUACUGGAAAAUAAAUCUUUAUAAUUAGUAGUGGAUUUAUACUUAAAAAUAUGUGCUGAUUACAAAAAUUUGUUUAAAAUAAGUUCCUUUCAAAAAUAUACAUUGAUUGUUUACUGUUUUAUCUAUGACAAUGGAAACAUAUUCAAAGGAAUAUCAAUAAACAAUAAUUUUAAAAGUCAAAUUAAUCAUGUCGAAAGAUAUGAAAUCUUGGAAUUGGUAUUUACUUGAAAAGACUGCAUAUUGCAUCACAUUAUUACUUAUUGUUAGUCCAAUGAAACGUCUACCGUUAAUUUUUUUUAACCAAUCAGAGUGUUCAACAUAAAAAAAGUUAUACGCAUAUUAAUAUUAAAACAAAAAGAAUUAUACAAUACAUUCAUACGAACAUGUUUAAUUAUUAUAAUGCUUCUACAACUUUUGAACAAUCAUCUAAUUCAGUCUAUCACAUAACGAAAGAAGGCUGAUUUGUGUCAUACUCUUUAAGAAAGCUUAUGCUACAUAGUUUUGUGAGAUAUCAAUAAAAGAAAUAUUAUCUUUGUGAGAGAGAAUAUAUAUUUUAAUCUUAGCUUCAUUGAAAAGUUGUUCGUAUGACAUACAGAUUUAAAUGUAUUAUGUUGCAAUAGGAGGUUGAAAUUAUUUCUUAUUUCUGUAUAUUUUUAUAAUUAUCAACGAUACACAACGUUUUUUUU